AUGCCCUCGGCAGGCAUGGCCGGCUGGAAAUUGGCCCCCGGACAGACUGCGGCCUCGGCGGCGUCGCUGGCCACAUGGGCUAUGUUCUGGGCGCUGCUGCUGUCAUGGCUGGCCUUGGUCGGCGCAAUGCGCCCGGACAGGGUCGCGGCGCUGAGGCAGGAGACCGUGGAAAUGUUCUAUCACGGCUUCGAUAAUUACAUGGCCAUAGCCUUCCCCGAGGACGAGCUACGCCCAGUCUCCUGUGCCCCCUUGACCCGAGACCGCCUGAAUCCCCGGAACGUCGAGCUCAACGACGUCCUUGGCAACUACUCCCUGACCCUCAUAGACAGCUUGUCGACGCUGGCCAUCCUGGCUUCGGCGCCACCAGACAGUAAAGAUACAGGCCCGAAAGCGCUGGCCGACUUCCAGCACGGCGUUGCUUCACUGGUGGAACAGUACGGAGACGGACGGCACGGCCCGUCAGGCCUUGGGCAGCGCGGGAGGGGAUUCGAUCUCGACAGCAAAGUGCAGGUCUUCGAGACUGUCAUCCGCGGUGUUGGUGGCCUGCUAAGCGCCCACCUGUUCGCUGUUGGGGAGUUGCCGAUAUCCGGCUACGACCCGCGGCGGACCAACGACGAUGUGGAACAGCACCCCAUCAUCUGGCCCAACGGAUUCAAGUAUGACGGCCAACUGCUGCGCCUGGCGUUUGACCUCGCCCAACGGCUGCUUCCCGCCUUCUAUACCCAGACUGGCAUGCCGUAUCCCCGUGUCAAUCUCCGCUAUGGUAUACCGUUCUACGUCAAUUCCCCUUUGCACGAAAACGUCAGCUUCGAUCCAAAUGCCGUCGAGGAGUCCCCGGAGAUCACGGAGACGUGCAGUGCUGGUGCGGGAAGCCUCGUGCUCGAGUUCUCUGUUCUCAGCCGGCUCACAGGCGACCCGAGGUUCGAGCAAGCAGCCAAGAGGGCGUUCUGGGCUGUCUGGUCACGAAGAAGCAACAUUGGGCUGAUCGGCGCCGGCGUAGAUGCCGAGGCCGGUCACUGGAUAGGGGGCUAUUCUGGUAUUGGAGCGGGGAUUGACAGCUUCUUUGAGUACGCUCUCAAGACACACAUCCUUCUUUCGGGACACGAGCUGCCAAAUCGGACAAUGCCGCAUCAGAUACCCUUUGGAAGCUCGCUGGAUCCAAACUCUCUCUAUCACCCCCUCUCGGAUGAGGACAACUCGCCGGACUCUUUUCUACAAGCCUGGCAUCAUUCUCAUGCUGCUAUCAAACGGCACCUGUAUUCCGAGGUGCACCACCCGCAUUAUAUCAAUGUCCAUGUCUCCACAGGCUCGCCGCAGGCCUACUGGAUCGACAGUCUGGGCGCUUACUACUCGGGGCUGCUCACUCUUGCCGGUGAACUCGACGAGGCCAUAGAGACGCAUCUUCUCUAUACCGCGCUGUGGACGCGAUAUUCUGCGCUGCCAGAACGCUGGUCCGUCCGUGACGGUAAUGUCGAAGGCGGCCUAGGCUGGUGGCCCGGGCGACCCGAGUUCAUCGAGUCAACAUAUCACUUGUACCGCGCGACCAAAGACCCAUGGUAUCUUUACGCCGGGGAGAUGGUUCUCCGAGAUAUUACCCGAAGAUGCCGGACCGAGUGUGGCUGGUCUGGGCUGCAGGAUGUCAGGACAGGAGAGAAGAGUGACCGCAUGGAGAGUUUCUUCCUUGGAGAGACCGCAAAGUACCUAUAUCUUCUCUUUGACUCGGACCAUCCGCUCAACAAGCUAGACGCACCGUACGUAUUCACUACUGAGGGCCAUCCACUCAUUAUUCCGAGGAAACCCGGCCAGAAGACGAAAAGGCAGCGCGAAACGGCACCUGUCCCUGUUCCAGAAAACAUCGAGCCGUACUAUGAUGUCAACUUUACGACCGUCUGUCCCGUUCCACCGGAGCUUCCUCCCCUUUCAGGGUCCGCUACCGCAGCUAGGACAGAUCUUUACCACGCCUCCAGUCUGAUACGUCUUCAUCUAAUACCCAACAUACAUGCCGCUGUAUCAGGUACAGGUGCGAAAUUAGACGCACCCGACGGUCAAGAUCGAUCCCAAGCGUCACUGAUCGCGAGAGCGAAUCAUACACAUUUCCCAUGGACUCUUCCGGCCUCUAUGUUACCCGAGAAUGGUACCUGUGCAGCACUACGUCAACAGCACACCUCGACGAUUGAAUUCCCUUCCAACACGCAGCAAGCCGUUGGGAGCGCAUUUAACCUCAUGUUUGGUGGACAUAACCUUGUACGGAUGGCCGAGGGCAUUGCGAUCAACAGCUUGAACGGCCUCAAGUUGACCAUGGUGCAAGAGGAGCCACCGGACGUUAGCGACCGGGUCUGGAGAGUCCAAACCAUUGGCAACCUGCCGCUGGGCCGGGACGAGAAAGUCUUCAUUGGUCGCGAUGUCCUUGCGGACAUGUCCGAUCCUCUCUUCCAUAGAAUACGCGACUCCGUCAUAGUUGACGUCCUGCUGCAGAUCGAGGCACCCCCGGAGAGGAAUGAAACGGAGGCCACCGACAUGGCUGCUGCUGAGCCACACCCCGAGACCUCGCAGUCCCCCAUCUUGGCGCAGUCCACAGGGAUGGGGGCAAGCAACCUCAUAUCAUCCUUCCUGCAACAGAUCACAUCAGUGCUGCGCGAGCCGGCCGCUACCUUCGGUCCCGAACCAGCACCAAAGCCACAAUACCAAUACUCGGAGCUUGCAGCCAUCACACCCGUCGGGCUAGGGGCGUCGCCACUCCCAGACGUUGCAGAGGCCCCCAACCCGGCUAUUGGCAUUGCCAUAGAGUCGCUGUCCUGGAGGACCAUCUACUUUGCCGACCAGGGCUGCCACGGCAAGCUACCCGACAAGGCGGCCAAGAGCCACCAAGUCAUCGUCAUGCGACGAGGUGGCUGCUCCUUCUCCGAGAAGCUGACGAACAUCCCGUCGUUCGCGCCAAACCGUAACGCGCUGCAGCUGGUCCUAGUCGUUUCCGACGACGACGAAGAGCGGGCUGAGGGCGAGGACGGCGGUGGCUGGGGGUUCAAUUUUAUCCGCCCCCUGCUGGACGAGGUCCAGAAGACGCCGUCGGGGAUCGUUAGGCACCAUCCCAUCGCGAUGUUGAUGGUCGGGGGCGGGCUCGAGACGUACCAGACGCUGCAGCAGGUGCGCAGCCUCGGCCUGAGGAGGAGAUACCACGUCGAGAGCCAGGGGCUGACAGUUGGGAAUCUGGUUGUACUAUAA